AUGUCAUCAGGACCUUCCCAGCAAGGGACAUUCUCACUGUUCCCAAAGGACCGCCCACCAUCCAGGACCCAGAACUCCACGCCAGGCCGGCCGUCAAUAGACUCGACACCUCGAGACUCCCAAUCCAGAGCAGGAAGACGCACACCGCUAGAGCGCAACAUGUCCGUCCGCGACGGCAAGAAGACCUCUGCAACAGCACACACAGGCCCCUCAGUCGGCGCCUCCGAGCCCUAUCCCAUAAUACAACGGCCGGCCGCCGUCGUCACGGCCGAACCUCCCGCCCGGUGUGGCACUGCCUUCUCGGAGGCUCAGACCCUCGUCCGGGCCAACAGCGACCGGUCCAGGAACUCGAUAGCCAAGCCGCCGCUGGACAACCGAGCGACACAGUAUGGAGAGGGUUCAUCUGAGGCCCCAUUGCGGUCCAUCUUCCCAGAAUACAACCCCAACCUCCCGCUCUCCCAGCAAAACUACUAUCCUCCUCAGUCAAGUCCGACCCACCCAGCAAACAUCCCCGCCGGAGCCAUCAGCCGCCGCCUAUACUCGCCCACAUCCGAGGAAAGGCCCGAGAAUCCAGAGGACACCACCAGCCCCCUGCGGAGCCCCAUGAGCGCCAACAGCUCCCGGACCCACCAGCAGACGGCCACCCGCAAGUGGCCGCCGCCGCGGGUGAACGUCGCCAACGGGUGGAAGGCGCCGGCGUCCGAGGGCCGCGUGUACACCUUCACGGUGUCGAGCGAGCGGGACACGCCCAUCUACACGCUGGCGUCCAAGUCGUCGCAGCCCUUCUACCGGCUCAAGCUGGACCCGACGUCGGCGUCGGCGUACGUCUCGCUGUCGCGCUUCGACCCGAGCAAGCCGUACAAGCCGCCCGUGCCGCCCAAGGACGGCGGCUCCUCAGGCAGCCCCAGGGGCGGCAGCAGCGAGAGCGUCGGCGGCGAGCCGUCCACCAAGGGCUGGCAGGAGGUGCUGAGCACGACGCUGGAGGAGGCGGCGCGGCACCACGCGCCGCACGACGGGCUGGUGGCGCUGCUGUACCCGCUGCCCGCGGCGAAGCUGGCGGUGGACAGCCGGUACACGAACCCGGCGGCGUUCGCGACGGCGGAGCGCGAGUGCGCGCGGCUGGUGUGGGACGACGACAGCGGGAACCACUUCCUGGUGCACCCGGCGCUGGCGAUGCCCUUCUGCGUGACGGUGGAGCGGAACCCGGCGUGGAGCCGCACCGAGUACACGCUCGAGCACGUCGAGAGCCCGCAGCACCUGGCGCGGCUGACGCGCGACGGCACGGGGACGGGAUGGCUCGAGGUCGACACGGGCAUCGCCGCCAAGAUCGACGCCGUGUACCUGGUCGACGUCGCCGUCGCGGCGCUCAUGCUCGUCGCGCACGCCGACGGCGAGUUCAGCCGCGUCGAGGUCUUCGACCCGCCGCCGCCGUCGCUGCGCAGCGAGAGCAGGCAGGGCCAGGGGGAGCAGGGCCAGCAGGGCGGGAGGGCCAGCCGCCUCAGCCGCAUGACCCCGCGCGUCAACAGCGGGGACAAGAAGGAGAAGAAGUCCGGCAGGGCGCGCAUGGAGGAGUUCGAGCUGGACCUCGAGAGCCAGACGAGCGACCUGAAGAAGCACUCCAAGAGGAGGAGCAAGGACGAGGACAAGAUGCCCGGCUGCGCGAGGGCCAUCAUCUCGCUGCUGGGGGUCAUCUUCAAGUGCCUCAUCUGGUGCGCGACGGUCCUGUUCAAGGCGCUGACGGGUUGUAUAUCGUUGUUCGCGAGGUGUAUAACUUCCGAGAAGUUGUAG